GCCUCUUUCCCCGCCUCUUCAGAAAUGGCGGCUCCGCUGGGCGGUAUGUUCUCUGGGCAGGCGGCGGGGCCCCCGCCCCCCCCGCCGGGGCUCCCGGGUCAGGCUUCUCUUCUUCAGGCCGCGCCGGGCGCUCCGAGGAUUUCUAACAGCACCUUGGUGGACGAAUUGGAGUCAUCUUUCGAAGCUUGCUUUGCUUCGCUCGUGAGUCAGGAUUAUGUCAAUGGCACGGAUCAGGAAGAAAUUCGAACUGGUGUUGAUCAGUGUAUUCAGAAAUUUCUGGAUAUUGCGAGACAGACAGAAUGUUUUUUCCUACAAAAAAGAUUGCAGUUAUCUGUCCAGAAACCAGAGCAAGUUAUCAAAGAGGAUGUCUCGGAACUAAGGAAUGAACUACAGCGGAAAGAUACUUUGGUCCAGAAGCACUUGACAAAAUUGAGGCAUUGGCAGCAGGUGCUGGAGGACAUCAACGUGCAGCACAAAAAGCCAGCCGACAUCCCUCAGGGCUCCUUGGCCUACCUCGAGCAGGCGUCUGCUAAUAUCCCAGCGCCGAUGAAGCAAACCUGAGGCAGAGCCGGCCUGAAAGCGAGCUGGUGGAUGAGUCAGCCUCAACAGUCUUGCCAGACAUCACUUUUCUUGUGGACGUGACAUUUUGGAAACUUCCUUUGCUGGAGAAUGAAAUGAUUUUAGUUUUAUGUUCCCACCUAAAAUUUUUCCCCUAUUUUUAUGGGUUAUAGCUUGAAUACUUUAUAAAAUGUCUAUGGCUUUGGUAAACCAAGCAAAAUUUUUUGUGUUUAGUAGAGUUUAGACUGCUAGUGUGAUGCCACUUAAGAUUCUUUUUUGUUUCUUUUCUUUGCUUGUUUUUAUUUUUGUAUGACUUUUAAUCUCUGUGUUUGCAGUAUUAGAUUAGUUUGUAUGGUUUGAGGGAAAAACAGUUUGUAUGAUCUGUUCUGAGGAUCAGAGGAUGAGGAUUUUGGUUGUAGGCCUUUUAGGAUAGUUACCCCUCAGUGGUAGUGUAGGGAAAUCCAUAAAUUUGCAGUUUCAAUCUUUAACCUACCUCAAGAAGAGGAGUCUAAUGCAACGUGUGUGAAAUGCUUCCAGGGCUCUCAGAAGGAGAUUUUGUGAGUAGGCCGGAGAGGAUUGUAAUACCCUGGGUUAGUGUAGCCAUAUUACAGUAGGGUCCUUUAGUUGCUGCUUUCUUUGGAGUCAGUUUAUAUUUUGUGUGGUGUUUGUUUCCUUUUGGGGUGGGGCAUGUGGUGGGAGCCGUGAGGUGCUGAAUUCUGUGAGGUUCUGCAGUGGUGCAUCAGCGUAGGUCACCGGGCACACCCUGUUCUCAGUCGCAUGGCUUGGGGCAGAGGUGAAGGGUGAGGGUUAAAGCUAGCUGUGGUUGUGUCUUUGUUUUGAGUGUUGUUUGCUUGUGUCGUUUUUGUUUUGCUUUUUUGGAGCGGAACUUUCCAGGUUCUUGCUAGUGGAUGGUAUUGAUUCCAGGGGGCUGGGUUCUCGAGGUGCAGGGUGUGCCACAGGAUGGCCCUCGGCAACCACUCUUCACAAAGAGCACGUGGAGCCUCCGUGUCUGGGAAGACAUUUUACCCGCUUGUUGGUCAUGCAGCCCCUCAGAUUCUCUGUUCACUGGCUGUGGAGAAAUACAGAUGGGUAUUGUGUCUGGCUCUCCUUGGAUGAGGUUUUCCUUUCUCUGCUGUUUACAGGCUCUUAAUAGAUUACAUCUCUUCACCCAAAACAAGUGCUCCACUGUCUUCUGAACACGCAGUGCUUCUGUGACUCAGUGACCUGAGUCAUUUUGUUUUCUCCGGCCUUGAAAGCCCCUUCCCACAUGCAGUGGCAUCCGCUCACGGUCCUGUCUGGCCUGGAUGCCACCUGGUCCCUGAAGCCUCCGAGUGCCCUCCCUGUCACACCCCCAGGACACAGGACUUCCUGUCUCCUCUACCAAGCUUGCGUUGUUUCCCUCGGGGGUUGGUGGUCUGAAUCUGUCUCUGUGCCCUUCAUGAGAAGAGGCAUCAUUCCCCUCUGAUUACACAGGGACCAUGUAUUAUUUCUCUUUUAUACAUAAUACUUACUACUCAUUUUUCUUUGUGUGUGGAGGGGUACACAGCCUGAGGCCAACAAAUCCCCUCACUCAGGAUGUAUACUCUUAAAAGUUGUUUUUACUCACAUUAUAUGAAUUCAAGGCUGUUAACCUGGUCAUCUCAUGCUAAUUAGAAGCUGUGAUUGGCAGCUUUAGAUUUCUUGACUACAAGCCGAAAUAAACUGAUAAAGUUUUAGGCACUCUUUCAAUAAUAGAGAGGUUCUUGGUAAAAAGAUUGGGAAGUAUUCUAUUUGGUGCUUAGUGAAAAUAUUUUGAAUUAAUGUAUAUACCACUUCUUGCCAUUUACUUAUUAAAUUCAAAAGUUUUCUGUCUCUAAAUAAAUAAUUUUCAAUCUUGUCUGUUUGUAGACAUCGUUUUCCUGUAGUGACAUCUUGCUGGUUGAUGAUCAUGGAACACCCUCUUAGCUGCUGUCUCCCUCAAUGAGAAAAUAACAGGCUAUCAGCUGGGAAUUCCCUUACCUUCCCACCCAGAAAUGAUAAACCCACCCACAUCUCCAGGGCAUCUUUUUUCCUUCCUAUCCAUCUGCUGAAGUGCCUGCCCUGUGUAAGACCACCUUUCCACAGUUGUUCUGGGUCCCUAGGUCUCUAGGACUUAACCCUUAGGGUGGUUUCUGCCCUGUGCAUCGCUCACCUACUGACUGAUUCCCUACAGCUCACAGGAGUUCUUGAUCUCCCAUCUUCAGCAUUCCCCUCCCUGCUUGAGCUGCGGUCCCAUUUCCCUGCCCCUCGUUCGCAGUCUCCAGGUCCUCCUCUCCUCUCCCCUCCUUUUCCUACUCUAGGCUGUCCCUCCCACAUGACCACGACUGUGCUUGUGAUGGUUAGCAGCCAGCCACUUCACCGUGGCCACAUCGAAUGGACACUUCUCCAUCUUUCUUUACUUGAACUCACUCUCUUUAAUACAUCUUCCCUUCUUUUCUACCGAACCUCUAAGUGUUGACAUUCCUGAGGGUUUGGUUCUGGGCCUCUGAGGCCAUGGUGGAGUGCUACUCACUUCUCCCUUCAAGAGAGCCAUCUCCAGGCUGCAGUUGCCAAAGCUUUAGCCCUUGGGGAUCUGCAACGGUGUUCCCACAAAGAACCAAGCACAGUGGGGGUACUGGAGCCAGAUCAUUUCUGCCCGGCUCUAGUGGGCAGUCUUUGCUCUGGGGCUCCCAUGGGCCUGGCUGGGACUUUCUUGAGCUGCUCUUGGCUUUCUCAGCUCUUGCCUGAGCUGUCUUGCUAUCUGAGCCUCUGUUGCCCAGGUCGUCCAUGGCCCUCCUUUCACAGGUAUCAGCCCUGCAUCACAGUCUCAAGGCUCUUCCUCUCUCUGCUUCCUCUCCCCUUGAUCUUACACAAGUGUUUCCCUGGAGAAGAGGGAAAACCCUGGCCCUGACAUCGGAUGCUGACCUGGCACUGCUAGCCACAUUAUUCUUCUGUUGCAUAUAAACAGUCUCAGAAUCCCAACCUCAGGCAAAGUUACUCUGAGACCAUGGCAGUAAGAAGAAUCACUUCAUAAUUUUGUCUAAGCACAGAAAAAAAAGUCACUGUGCCACCCACAAAAUACUAAAAAUCCUUCUGGCUAAAAUGAGUGACCGCUACUUUUUUUUUUUUUUUUUUUUACCAUUUAUAGCUUUAUCCUCACUCUAGUCUGCCCCUGCUAUAGGUAAGAUUUAUUGAGACUCCCUCCAGGCUUAGAAUUGCCCCCACUUUUUGACAGCAUCCAAUCUAGAGUGAAUCUCUGCUUCUUUAGACAAUCCUAGAAAUCACCAAACCAACACCCAAAUACCCUAAAAUAAGUUCUAACACCAUGUUUCUGAGAAGCCCCCCCAUUCUCCAUGUGGAGCAUUCUCGCUCACUGCAGCAAGUGGUAAGCCCACCUUGUUCAACUACAGGUCAGUCUGUUUCUGGUGAUCUUUGGCUGAAGGGCAUUGACAUUCUCAAUAAAUUUCUUGCACCUCUAUUUGUGUCUUGGGGUGUACCUCCUGGGGGACCCGCCUGGCUCAGCUGUUACACAGUCUGAGAGAGAAGGCAGGAUGGGGUUUGGGGACUGGGUGGGCUCACCAUCCAGUUGGCAAGGAGGACCCAUCCUGGGUGGGAUGUGAGGUACAGACAGUCAGCAGCACAAGCAAGUGGCCAGUUCCUGAGGAUUCCACCAGUGGUGCCCCGGGAAAGUGUGCUAGUGGAAGGGAACGUUGUCGGUGCAAGGAUUCAAACAUUUGGAAGGGAAGGGGAAUAUUUUUACAAGAACAGUAGAGUUGGCUGGUUAUCACUACACUGUUUUGACUCCCCAUGGAGGGAUAAUGACAAACUAUCAGUGCUGAAAAAGUCGAAGGCUGCUGGGAGUGCCUGGGGCGUCUUUGGUUGUCUCCUGCACAGGGAGAGCAGACCCUGAGGAGCUAGUAGGAGGUAGCAGAUCAAAGAUAAUACUGCAUCCUGGGGGUGAUAGUGGAGAUUAGUGCUACCCUUAGAAAUCCAAAGGAUGCAGGGAAGUUGGUCCCUCUCAUAGCCCAUUUAAAUUGCCAGCCUUGCCCUUGCAGAACCCAGAUGGAGCCUGGAGAAUGAGUAUAGAGCAAUCACAGUUGCUGUGUUGGAGGUUGCAUCAACGCUAGAGCAGUUAAUAAGGGCUCAGGUACACGGUAUAGAGCCAUCGGUUUGGUGAAUGCGUUCUUUUCUACCCCAGCUAUGAAACAAUUUGCAGCAAUAUUCCUUUCCAGUUUUGCUCCAGGGAUGUGUUAACUCUUCCUUCCUCUGUCGUAAUAUAGCCUAAAGAGAUUUAUCGUCAGGUCCUGUUAUUUCUCUCUCCUAACUCAAUCCUGAAUCAGUUCAUCUCUCUUCAUCUCUAUUGUUUUCUCCAAGCCACUACCAUCAUCUCUAGACCACUCUGCUUUUGAGAGAUUGAUGGAAUAGAUUAUGCAAAUGAGAACAAGAAGAAUGUUUUACUAUCAAAUUGAGUUUCUUUGUCAAUAUUAUCUAGGGUACAAAGAGAAUUUCACUCACUGCUGGUAAAGGUGUAAUUUGUAAAGGUGUAAAUUGCUGGACACUUUCUGGAUGGUAAAUUGGUAAUAUCAAAGGAAAAGCUUAAGCGUGGAUCAUUUGAUGCUUGGCUUCAAUACUCAAGGAACAGGUCCUAAAGAAAAAUGAUAGAAGCAUGCAAAGAUUUAGUCCACAAAGAUAGAAUUAUUUGGGGAGAAUCCAGAAAUUUAAAAAGAUCUUUCACUUAGCUGCAACAAGAAAGGAGUCAAAGCACAUACAGGGUCUCAACUGAUAAAAGUCUGUCCCCACAGCAGGGGGAAGGUUGAGUUGCACAGUGGUGGGAAAACAUUUCAACAAACAGAGGUAGAACUACCUGUAUGUAGUCUUCAAAACAAAAUACAAACAUAAUCCUACAGUGCUCACCCUAGGCAGGAAGCAAAAGAUAACUAAAAAAUAUUUGACACUGAAAACCAAUAUGGCCUGUAACGAGUAUUUGCAUUUUAAAAAUUAUCCUAGUGGGGACAUGUGUUUUGAUUAGAUAGUAAAUUUACCUUUAAAUUGUAAGUUUGAGUUGUAAUUGCAUUUCUCUCAAAAUGACAUAAGUAUGUAAGUAGCUACUUUUUAUCUGAAGAUGAUCUGAUUGAGGUUAAUGCGAACUUCCUAUUUCCAAGCUCUGUCUUCAUCUAAUUUCACCUUUCUUUGCAAAAACAAUACAAGUCACAAACAUGUUUAUUGCUCA